UUAAAAUGACCUUUCACUCCUUAACCUCUCUUCCUCAUCUCGACUCUCGCUCACUCUUGACACAGACAAAUACAAGCACAAACACACUGCCGCACAUUUCAGACAGUGCAGGAUACGCAUUUCCGUCGCCUUUUUUCUUACCUCCUAGUGGGUGCAUGAAUCGGUGAUGAGACAGAGUGUUGUAUCAUCUACUAUCAUGAUGAGCAUGCAUAGUCAGCAUUCAUAGAUAUAUUUGUCUUUUGCUACUAAGCAGUCCUUAACCAAGGCCAUGCCUGCUGUGAAGAAGAAUGCUGAAUGCAUUGGGAUAAGGCAAGUUUUUAAUAAACUGGUAAAGGAGAUUGGAAGUCCAGUUGAUUUUGAACUUCCUGAAUCUUUCAAUAAAUGGAAACCUACAUCUUACUCUUUCAUCAGGCGCAAUGUAUAUCUAACUAAGAAGAUGAAAAGGCGUUUGGAGGACGAUGGCAUUUUUUGUUCAUGCAGCUCAUCAGCUGGAUCUUCUGGUGUUUGUGGUAAAGAUUGCCUCUGCAGUAUGCUAAUGUCUAGCUGCUCUUCGGGCUGUAAAUGUGGGAGCUCAUGUGUGAAUAAGCCAUUUCAGCAAAGGCCUAUGAAGAAGAUGAAAACAGUGCUGACUGAGAAAUGUGGAAUGGGCGUUGUUGCAGAAGAAGACAUCAAUCAAGGAGAGUUUGUGAUAGAAUAUGUUGGAGAAGUUAUUGAUGAUAAAACAUGUGAAGAAAGACUCUGGAAAAUGAAACACAGCGGGGAAACAAACUUCUACCUAUGUGAAAUCAAUAGAGACAUGGUGAUUGAUGCCACUUAUAAGGGAAACAAGUCGAGAUACAUAAAUCAUAGUUGUUCUCCCAAUACAGAGAUGCAGAAAUGGAUGAUUGAUGGUGAGACAAGGAUCGGCAUAUUUGCAACCCGUGACAUAAAGAAGGGCGAGCAUCUGACCUAUGAUUAUCAGUUUGUGCAAUUUGGUGCAGACCAAGAUUGCUAUUGUGGUGCUGCCGGCUGCCGGAAGAAGCUGGGAGUUAAACCCAAUAAACCAAAAGUACCCUUUUCAGAUGCUGAAUUGAGAAUAGCAGCAUGCCAAAUGGCUGCAAACUCUCCAGAAGUGAAAGCAGUUGUAUCGAACAAACCUGUCUGUAUGAAUGGAGUUCCUGGUGUAGGAGGUCCAAGACACAAUCCUUCUCAACAAAAAAAGAGACGUCUAAAUUGCAUUGGUUCAGUAAUAAGAAUUUUUCAUUUUUCUGAUAAAAGGUCCUUUGGUAUUAUAAGACGGUUUGAUAAUACCAGGAGAAAACAUUUGAUCAUGUUCGAAGACGGUUACUCAGAGUUCCUGGACUUGGCAAAAGAAGAAUGGGAAUUUUGUAAUUGCUAAGUGUGAUUGUCAGGUGUAAGCUGCAAUAAGAUGUAGAAUAAAUGUUGAAGGAAGUGGUGUUAGAUUCGAGAUAUAUACAGUUGGGGACCAGCCAGGCUUCUUGUUGUGCCACAUGCUGCUGCCUCUUACAAGAUGCAUAUUUUGGACCAUAAGUUGAUUCUAUAUGCAUCUUUUUGUACUUUAUGAUCGUAAGUUGAUUCUAUAUGUAUGUUGUACUUUUUGAUGAAUAAUGGCUUCUGCAUUUCCUUUGUUUUUUAUGUAUGUUGUACUUUUUGAUGAAUAAUGGCUUCUGCAUUUCCUUUGUUUUUUUCGCUGAACUGUAAUUGUAAUCGCAGCUGCAAGUGUAACAUUAGCUUGAGAGAAACUGUAUUGUCUAGUACAAAUUCCAUAACCAAAAUACAUUGUAAUAUUGGACAAUAUUUGUAGUGUGCUUUCAUAAUUGCAACUCAU